AUGGCAAAAUCAGUAUCCUCAAACACGUGGGCAGAGGUAUUGUGCUGCGCUGUAUGUUCUACUAUAUUUUCUAAAGCCAGAUUGCCUAUUAAUUUAUUAUGUGGUCAUAUCACUUGUAAGGAAUGUAUAAAUCGUGCUUUGGAUGAAGAUGGAAAAAUAUGUGAAUGUUUUGGAACUUUUAAGCAACAUUUCGACAACGUUAAAAAAUAUCCUGUUAAUGUUGCUUUGCUUAAAAUUAUCUUUGACUAUGUCGAUGAUGUAAAAGAUCCUAUUUUAGAGGAUGAUGUUGAUAAAAAAGAAAAAAAAAUUGUUGAAAAGAAUUUUUUUGAAAUUGUUUCCUUUUUAAGGAGAGUUGACUGCGAAAAAGGUGGUGCUAUUUGGAGUGAAACUUUAUCGACACAGGUACAAAAAAAAAUAAUUCAGCUGGUUUCUUGUCAAUUAAUGGAAAAAGAAGGAAGAUCUCAGAUUGGCAAGCAAAUUAAAAGUUUAGUUGAGAGAAUUAUUAAUGAAUUUUCUUCUAAGUUACAAAAUCCAUAUAGUAUUUCAACACAAUUAUGGUGUGCUGUCAGACAACGUGGAGCACAAUUUUUGGGACCGGCUAUGCAAGAAGAUAUAUUAAAAUUAGUAUGUUUAACACUAGAACAAGGAGCUGAAAUUUCACGUAAGAAUCUUGUAUUAUAUGCGGUUCAGAUGCUAACAGCUGACUAUCCACAAAUAUCAAAGACAUCUGUUGGGCAUGUUGUUCAACUUCUUUAUAGAGCCAGUUGUUUUACGGUUAUUAAAAGAGAGGGUAAAAGUUCAUUGAUGAGACUUCGAGAAGAAUUUCGUGAUUAUCCUAGUUUACGAGCAGAACAUGAUGCUCAAAUUGUUCAAAUUGCUUUAGAAGCUGGUAUUAGAAUUUCACCAGAACAAUGGAGUUCACUGUUAUAUGGUGACCAAGAUCAUAAAUGUCAUAUGCAAAGUAUUAUUGAUAGGCUUUUACUGCCAAUGUCUUUUGAAAGUCUUGUAGACGAUUUGAUGGCAUUGAUAUCUAAGAGUGGAGAUUCAUUUAAUUUAAGGCGACUUAAAGAAUCUUUUGAUAUUAUUAUUGAAUUAGAUAAGUUAGAUAAGGAUCAAAAUGAUUCAUUGACAUGGGGACAACUGGGAAAAUAUACUUCUGCAGCAACUGAAAUAGUUCAUGUAUAUUCUGAUUUUAAAAAAGUACAAAAAGAAAAAUGUUUAAUUACAAGAAAUUCUGACUCCAGUCAGAGACUUCCACAUCCACGUUCUGUUUAUAAAACACGAAUGUGCCGAGAAGCUAAAUCUGGACAAGGAUGUCGAAAAGGAGAUAAAUGUACAUAUGCUCAUUCGACAUUGGAAUUAAGAGGUAGUGGUACUAACAUUCAAAAAAUACAACAUAACAAUACAAAUGGUAACAAUAAUACUACUAGUAAUAAUAACAAUAACAAUUCUCUUACUAAUAUUCAACAAAAUAUUAACAAUAGUAAUGAAAUAAGGAGUCAAAAUAGGCGUCAACGUUUUGUUCAACCUCCAACACCAUUGGUUAUGAGUCAACCACCUCCACCACCACCACCACAAUCAAUCUCAAUGAUUCCAUUUUAUCCAGCUCCAUUACAUUCUAUUGAUAACCCACCUCCAAGAAGUCCAUUUACAUUAGUACCACAAUCACCAAAUCUUAUGAUUGGAGGACAUAAUUCAAUGCCACAACCUGGAUAUUUUUUUCCAUCUCAACCACCAACACCUCAAGGCAUUCCUAACCAUCCGUCAAAUGGUUCUGCAUUUUUUGAUGGAAAUUCAAAUCAUUAUUCAUUUGUCCAAGGUCCUGUUUAUCCACAUUAUUUUGCUCCUCCAACACCAACAUUUACAAGAGCUUUUGAAAAAUUUCUUGAUUCACCAACAUCCAAAGAUGAAAAACCAAAACCUUCUCCAUUAAAUUUACAUAGUCGAAAAGAUAAAAACCAAAAACGUAAUAGUCAAACUUUAGAAUUAUUAAAAAGAAUGUCAAUAGCAGAGGAAGAUGAAAAUCAGCAUGUAUCAAGACAAGUAGCUGAAUCUUUAUUUAAUGAUUGUAUAGAUAAUAAUCAAGGUGCUGGCACCAAUUAUUAUGAAAUGACUCCUACUACAGUUCCAAUGAACUAUCCAAGUUUACCUGGAACACCAAUACAAUCACCAAUGCCGAAUGGUAUGUCAUUUACAAUGCCGAAUGUAAUGUCACAUGACAGAUAUUAUUAUCAACCAAAAGGAUAUUCUAUUCCUAAAACUCCAACUAGUAAAAGGAUAGCUUAUAUUUGGGAGAUGUAUUAA